AUGGCCUCGCCGGUGACCUUCUGGCUUCUGUCGCUGACCCUGCUGCGUGACGUCACCGUAAUCCAGGGUUUCAGCCAGUUCCGAAUGACGCCGACGAAGGUGUUCGCCCAACCUGGCCAGAAAGUGGAGCUGAAAUGCGAGGUGCUGAUGAGCAACGUGUUGUCCUCCUGCUCCUGGCUGUUUCAGAGGCGCGACCCUGAAGCCAGACCCACCUUCAUCUUGUACCUCUCCGCUCGGCCCAAGCUGGCAGAGGGACUGGAUGCGAAGCGGUUCUCUGGCCAGAAGAUUGGCAACACCUACACCCUAACCCUGAGCGACUUUCGCGAGGAGAACCAAGGCUACUAUUUCUGCUCGGUCACCAGCAACUCGAUUCUGUACUUCAGUCCGCUCGUGCCGGUCUUCUUGCCAGAGAAGUCCACCACCAUGCCAGCGCCGCGGCCACCCACACCAGUGCCCCCUACCCGGAUGCACCCAGCGUCCCUGCGCCCCGAAGCUUGCCGGCCUGCUGCGGGCGGCGCAGUGGUGAGGAGCGAGCUGGACUUUGCCUGUGAUAUCUACAUCUGGGCGCCCUUAGCCGGGAUCUGCGGGGUCCUUCUGCUGUCCCUGGUCAUCACUGCCACCUGCUACCAGAGGAGCCGAAAGCGUGUUUGCAAAUGUCCCAGGCCCCUCGUCAGACAGGGAGGCAAGCCCAGCCCUUCAGGGAAAUACGUGUAAGAUGGCACCCAGUCUGGGUCACAGAGACUACAUGACUUCAGAGACCUCUCCUUGGAGAGAAAGAAAGCCCUUCUUUUUCAGUUUUUCCAAUUGUCCUAUGCAUUUGUUCUCAAUUUUAUAUUGGUGUGUGUAGGGUGGGAACUGUUCUUUCUUCCUUAUGUAUUCACCUUGACACAAAACAAAAACCAUAUAAUGGCUACAGUACACCACAAGGCUUGCAGCACCGUUGCACACACUAAUGGGGUAAAGAGCAGAAAGCGAACACCAGAGCUAGCCCAGUUCUCAGAAUCACCCUGCUAGAGCUGGAGGCCUCAGCACCCAUUUGAUAUUAACCUCUUGCCUGCUCAUUGUACAGAGAAGGCUAAAAGCCAGAGACGGGAGCACUUGAUCCGAGACUGACAGUCUGGAGGAAACUGGAUGGCCCAGGAUCUUUCCCUCACACCAUUUAGGCUCUGGGGUGGCAAGCUUGUACCUCAAACCACAAGGAAGCAAGUAUUUCUGUGAUCUGCUCCAUACUGGCCUGGGCCCUGAGCCUGAGGAAGUAAUACAGUGAACACAGGAGAAUUUCUGCCUUCAGCAGGGUUCUAGAGUGCAUUUAAACAUCAUCAUAGCUUCUUAUAAGGAAUUGUGAAAUUGCAUAGACAGUACAAAUUCCUACAGGAAAACAAGAGUGAAAUAGCUCCUGGAAAACAAGUCUCUCCAUUACUAAAGAAAAUCACUGUAAAGACCCUGUGGGACUGUUCUCAGCCCUUGCACAGAGAGUGAGUUUUGACAAGUACAAUUUGUCAGUUAAGAUGCAGUGGUCAUUUCCCAUUUUAAAUGUCCAGUCCCUCUCUGGCAUAUGCUAGAGGGAAAUCAAUGUUUUUUACUUCAUAAACACAGAAUUGUUAUCUGUCAGAACAUUCCUUUGCAUCCCCUUAGCCAGCAAGUAUGAGGCAGACUAGAGUUGGAGGAGGCUAAGAAUCGAAACCGCUGCCCCGUAUGAAUUUCCUCUUACAGUAUUAUUCAAGCAACAGGGGCUUGUGGCAGAAAAAACUUAGAUAAGGAGAUAAGAAGCGCCCAUAAUUCUUAAUCCUGUCAGUAUUCUGGUGCACCUUCCUCCUCACUAUUUUCUAUGCAUAUAUAUGUAAGAU